UGUGCACGCACACUAGACGAUGUGAGCAGCUUCUUCGAUUUGAAUCUAUUCCUUCUGAUUGUCAAGUCAAUCACCCAGUUGUGCACCCCAUUCUCUCCCUUUUCGCCCUCAACGCCCAGCCCAGGACAGCGAGGACGCCCCACAUACUACUAGCACAUGGUCUUGGACCGAAUAAGAUCGAUACUGCGGCAUUUAAAUCCUUCCACCAUGGCAACAGCAGAAGUGCUAGACAAAGUUGACAUUCUUGGCCCCCAGCCGAAUCAAGUUAAUCUUCAAGCAGACUUUGACAAAGUCGAGCCAGCUCCUCCGCCCUUCGAUCCGGUUGCUUUGAAAGAAAAGUACAUAGCGGAACGCGACAAACGCCUUCAACACGGUGGCGGUAUCGAUCAAUACCGUCUUAUUGAAGAGAAAGGCCAGUUCUCAGACUACCUCAAGGACCCAUGGAGUCAGCCCUUCGAACGAGAUCCAAUCACUGAGGUCGACGACGUGGUGAUCAUAGGCGGAGGGUAUGGCGCACAGCUUGUUGCAGUGCGCUUGAUCGAAGCAGGUGUCUCUAACAUUCGUCUCAUCGAAAAAGCUGGCGAUUUUGGAGGCACUUGGUACUGGAAUCGGUAUCCUGGAGCACAAUGCGACAUUGAAUCGUACAUCUACAUGCCGCUCCUCGAAGAGCUCGGCUAUAUGCCAACAGAAAAGUACGCUCGAGCUAAAGAACUUCUCAAACAUUCUGAGAUGAUCGGCCGGAAGUACGGGCUAUACGAACGCACACUUUUCCAAACAGAAGUACAUGAACUACACUGGAACGAGGACUCGGCAACAUGGUCAGUCAAGACAAGCCGUGGUGAUGACAUCCGAGCGCGUUUUGUUAUUCCUGCUGCAGGCCCACUGCACCGUCCCAAGUUGCCUGGCGUGAAGGGCAUCGAAGACUACAAAGGUCAUAGCUUCCAUUCUUCUCGUUGGGAUUACAACUACACAGGUGGUGAUAAUUCUGGAGACCUGCACAAGCUCGGCGACAAGCGAGUUGCAGUAAUUGGCACAGGCGCUACAGCAGUUCAAAUUGUGCCCAAUGUGGCCAAAUAUGCCAAGGAGCUUUAUGUCUUCCAGCGCACUCCUUCUUCGAUCGAUGUCCGAGGCAACCGCCCAACAGACCCAAAUUGGGCCGCUAGUCUGAAGCCCGGCUGGCAGAAGGAGCGUAUGGACAACUUCAACAUCAUCGUCAACGGCGGUGUGGUGGAAGAAGAUCACGUUCAAGAUGGAUGGACUGACAUCCUACACAAACUUCUCGCAAGACGAGCUGCGGACAUCACGGACCCGGAGAAAGCAGCGGCAGAGCGUCAACUGGCCGACUUCGAGAAGAUGAACGAGGUGCGAGCGCGUGCAGACUCGGUGGUGACGAACAAGGAGACCGCCGAAAGCCUGAAACCCUGGUACAAUCAGCUUUGCAAACGCCCAUGCUUCCAUGAUGAAUAUCUACAAGCAUUUAACCAGGACAACGUUCACCUGAUCGACACCAAGGGCCUGGGAAUUGAGCGCAUCACGGAGAAGGGUAUCGUGGCCAAUGGUAAAGAAGUCGAGAUUGACUGCAUCAUCUACGCUACAGGGUUCGAACUGGCCACAGACUGGAGUCACAGGACCAACAUGGAGAUCUAUGGCCGAGACGGUCAAACAAUCACAGACUGCUGGUCUACUGGCGCAUCAACCCUUCACGGUUGGACGACCCGAGGAUUCCCAAAUUGCUUCUUCGUAUCAAUUGUACAAGCUGCUCUAACUCCGAACUUCGUCCAUGUCACUGGAGAGCAGGCGACACACCUCGCGUACGUAGUUUCAGAAGCUAUGAAGAAGAACGCUCGAACAGUGGAGCCGACACGCGAGGCCGAGGAUCAGUGGGUUGCGACUAUUGAGAAGCUUGCACUUCUGAGAGCAAGUUUCUUGCAGGAAUGCACGCCCGGCUACUACAACAACGAGGGCACACCAAGCAAAACAGGGGCUCGCAAUGCAAGUUACGGUGGUGGCUCACCGGCAUUUCUGAAGAUUUUGGAAGAUUGGCGAGCCGAUGGCAAGAUGGAAGGUCUCGAUCUGAAGUAUUUCGAAGACAAGUCUGCAUGAUGAAUGCGCUUUAUACAGCAUCUGAAGUGAAUUCUUAUUCCAUAUCGAACAUACAAUCUCCCCAGUGGUUGACUUCCAUUCAAUUGGCCAUCAUCAACUUGUAACGUUCUCGCCCCUUUCUCCAUUCUUGCGAUCUCCCCUCCACCUGCUGCCCAUUCGCCGCAGCUUGACAAUAAGUCCCGACCCCGUUAGGAGCCCUUUGCCUGUCAGCCACUAUUCGUGCAAGCAGCCCUCUUGCUGGAAUUCGCCCCACUGGCCAGAAAUCUAAACACUGUGAAAUAAGUCGCAACAGUUUCGGC